AGCUGCGAGAGAAGCAUGCUAGCACUGCAGAGUGCGCGGCUGCAAUAGAGCAGGGUUGUACAGUAUGAUUACAGAGGUGUUGGUGGCCCUUGUCCUUGGGGCGGUCGUCUACGUCCUGCUGCUGAGAAGGAGGCAGGAGGUCCUGAAGACGGAGGAUGGCUGGUGGGGCGAGGGAGAGCCCCCGGACACCCCUGAAGAUGACAUCAUUCACCCCUUCAAGGUGGAGACCUCCAGUGAGGAGAUAGAGGAUCUGCACAAGAGACUGGAUCACACAAGGCCUUUCCCCUGCCUAGAAGACAGCCAGUUCAACUAUGGCUUCAACGCCAAAUAUCUGCAGAAAGUCGUGUCAUACUGGAGAAAUGACUUUGACUGGAAAAAGCAGGUGGAGAAACUCAACAGAUACCCGCACUUCAAAACUAAAAUCGAAGGGAUCGACGUGCACUACGUACACGUGCGUCCUCGGAACCUUCCGGAAGGGACCAGCGGCGUGCCCCUGCUCAUGGUGCACGGCUGGCCCGGUUCCUUCUACGAAUUCUACGGGAUCCUGCCCCUGCUGACGGAGCCCAGGAACCCGGACGACUUCGCGUUUGAGGUCAUCUGCCCCUCCAUACCGGGCUACGGCUUCUCAGAGGCACCCCGAAAGAAAGGUUUCAACUCUGUGUGUGCUGCCCGAGUGUUCCACAAGCUGAUGAAGAGGCUGGGCUUCACUCAGUUCUAUGCACACGGGGGUGACUGGGGCUGGCUCGUCACCACCAAUAUGGCCCAGCUGGAGCCCAAAACCGUCAAAGGCCUGCACAUCAACUUUGCCCCGCCACCCAAGUUUGGCGUUGGCAUGGCGAUGUCCAUACUGUUGGGCCGACGCUUCCCCAAGCUGUUCGGGUUCACGGAGCACGACCUGAGCCGCCUCUUCCCCGUCAAGCAGAAGUUGAUAGUGGAGUCGCUGAUGGAGACGGGCUACAUGCACAUCCAGGCCACCAAACCAGACACCAUAGGUCGUGGGCUGAAUGACAGCCCUGUUGGCCUUGCUGCGUACAUCCUGGAGAAGUUCUCCACCUGGACCAAUCCAGAGUUCCGGAACCUUGAAGACGGAGGACUGGAAAGGAAUUUUUCCCUUGACGACCUUUUGACCAACGUGAUGAUUUACUGGACAACGGGGUCCAUCAUUUCAUCCAUGCGUUUCUACAAGGAGAACUUCGGCGAGGGCUUGAACCAAAAACACUCAAAGAUCCCAGUUUACGUCCCGACGGGCUACGCCGCCUUCCCCAACGAGCUGAUGCAUACCCCGAAGCCGUGGGUGAAGCAGAUGUACCGCAAGCUCAAGUCCUACACCCCCAUGGCCCGAGGAGGCCACUUCGCCGCCAUGGAGGAGCCCCAGCUGAUGGCCGAGGACAUCCAGAACUUCAUCAGGAAGCUGGAGAAGAGGAAAAGGAAGUGAUUCUUCCCCAGCGUGGCGUCUGCGCGCGGCGUCUGCGCAGCUCGUUUUGCGCGCGCGCGCGUACGCACGCCCUGCGCAACGGCAGGGUUUUCGAAUGAUCGUUAAACCUUUGAAGAGUAUGUUUUUUGGAAUGUUUUUUUUUUUUUCAAAAUUAAAAGUCAGUGUUCUGGACUUUCAACUACCAGUAGUGAUUGUGACAUCAGCAUCAGAACGUUCGGUUAUGAACAUUAUUAUCACGUAUUUUAUGAUCUCACACCUCAAAGGGUUAAAGAGCUUAGAAUUGUAGGAUGGUAUACAUUUUCAGAUAUUGAGCCUUACAGCUGUAAAAGUCCUGUAACAUGGUUUUAUGUUACUUCUAUCUACCAUUUAGGUGUUAAACCCGAAGCAAAACAAAUAAAAAACACGAUAUUAGAAAAUAGUGAAUUUUCACUAAAAUGUCAGGGGGAUCCCAGUAAUUCCAAGUUCUUGCAGCCUCUCUUGUUUCCUUGUGCUGUGCAGUGAGCAAGUAACAAAUGGACCAAUCGAAAACUGUGAGACAGUGAAGAGAUUUAGCUGCCAGUUUUUAAUCCAUUAGAGAAUUUAAAUGGAGCGAAGGAUAUUUUUUUUCCAUUUAUGGUAGUUUUAUGAAAUAGAUUUGAACACUGCUUUCAAUGAUGUGUGAUUCCAUUUAACAUUUUAAUUCUUGAGUAAUUUCACAGGAUUGGAGGGUGAAUAAAUCAUUUUAGUUUAUAUGCUGGGUUCCCUGGAAAUUUGCUCCAACCGGGGACCUUGCAUGUCUCUGCAUUGCAGUGCCUAUUAAUAUCUUAUCUGUCUUAUUAAUGUGUUAUCUAUCUUCUACAUACAUACGUACAUACACACAUUAUGUGCCUUAUAAUAGUUUCCAUCAGAAAUCUACAAAAGUGUUCAAGAACAAAAAAAUAGAUGAAUAAAUAUUUUAGUUACUUUCCUGA